UCCGUCCUGCCUGUCGGCCAAGGGUCCCCGAGCUCAGCUGCGGGCUGCGAGGUGCGGGAUGUUGCAGGCCGGGCGGCUCCGGGGCGAGGCGGCGUUGGCGCUGCUGCUGGCGGCCCGAGUGGUGGCGGCGUUCGAGCCCAUCACCGUGGGUCUCGCCAUCGGGGCCGCGUCCAUCAUCACCAGCUACCUGACCUACGAUGACAUCUACUGCCGCUUCGCCGAGUGCUGCCGCGAGGAGCGGCCGCUCAACGCUUCGGCCCUCAAGCUGGAUUUGGAGCAGAAGCUGUUUGGACAGCAUCUGGCCACGGAAGUGAUUCUCAAGGCGCUGACUGGCUUCAGGAACAACAAAAAUCCCAAGAAACCACUGACCCUUUCUUUACACGGCUGGGCUGGCACAGGCAAGAAUUUUGUCAGUCAAAUUGUGGCUGAAAAUCUCCACCCAAAAGGCCUGAAGAGUAACUUUGUCCACCUGUUUGUAUCGACUCUGCACUUCCCUCAUGAGCAGAAGAUAAAACUGUACCAGGUCCAGUUACAGAAGUGGAUUCGCGGUAAUGUGAGUGCAUGUGCGAACUCUGUUUUCAUAUUUGACGAGAUGGAUAAAUUGCACCCUGGGAUCAUUGACGCAAUCAAGCCGUUUCUAGACUACUACGAGCAGGUUGACGGAGUGUCUUACCGCAGAGCCAUCUUCAUCUUCCUCAGCAAUGCAGGUGGGGACCUUAUAACUAAGACGGCUCUGGACUUUUGGCGGGCUGGAAGAAAGCGGGAGCACAUUCAGCUGAAGGACCUGGAACCUGUGCUGUCUGUCGGAGUCUUCAAUAAUAAACACAGUGGCCUGUGGCACAGUGGACUGAUCGACAAAAACCUCAUUGAUUACUUUAUCCCCUUCCUGCCCUUGGAGUACAGACAUGUGAAAAUGUGUGUGAGGGCCGAGAUGAGGGCCCGCGGUUCUGCCGUAGAUGAAGACAUUGUCUCGCAUGUGGCAGACGAAAUGACGUUUUUCCCCAAAGACGAGAAGAUCUACUCAGACAAGGGCUGCAAGACUGUGCAGUCACGGCUUGACUUCCACUGAGCUCCUAUCCAGAUGGGGAAGGAGGCAGCCGGGAGGCUCAGCACACCAGAGGCCUUGCCUUUUGGGAGAACUCUGAAGACCCCUUUGGGGUGUUGCCUGUUUGCACCUUAGACUUUCGUGGUAUAGAAUUUUUUUUUUUUUUUUUUGUGAGACAGCGUUUCGCUUUGUCGUCCAAGCUGGAGUGCAGUGGUGCAAUCCUCAACUCGCUGCAACCUCCACCUUUUGGUUUCAGUGAUUCUCAUGCCUCUGCCUCCCGAGUAGCUGGGAUUACAGGCAUGAGCCACUUCGCCCAGCUGGGAUAUGGCAUCUUAGAGUUGAUUUUGGAAAACACGUGAAUCUAUUGCGUGUAUUUAUCAUUUUGCAAGAUGACAGAAAUCCAGCUGUUCUUUGCAGCUGAGGGUGAACUUUUAAAAUCCCCUUCACACUUAAUGUACUCACUGACAGAAGUGCCUGGAAACAGCUGUGCAUGGCCGGCCAGGCAGUGGUUUCUGACCCAGAGCACCUGCACCUCACCUCAGAAGCUGCUGUCAGAACUGAAGGAGUCCAGAGACCUGCAGCAGGCUUGGGGGCACUGGGUUCCUACCAGCCAAAAACAUCCUUUUGCUCUGUUCCAUUCUUUACACAGAGAGAGUUCAAUGACUUGAAGUAGAUUCAGUUUAAAAUCGGGGUGGAGGUGCACACGGUGUCUGACAGGACAGGCCAUGCCUGCUGAGCGCUCUUGAUCUGGGCUGACCUGUCUGUAUGUGGGGUGGAGCCUCCACCUAAGACCUCUGCAGCAGACCUGGACAGGCCCCUCCCAUCUGUCCAUUGCUCUGGCUGCUAAUACAAGCCUGGUUGUGGAAUCCUUCACCAUCUCUCAGCUGGCAUCAGCCCCAGCCUGCCUUGUGCCACAUCUCAGCUUGGCUCACUGCUAGAGUCCCCCCAGCCACACCAUCAGAGUUGAAUCACAGUGAGACCAUUGGCUUUGGGUUUGAGUACUUGGUUCCCACGUGAGAUGCUUAAGACUUUAUACUUGGGUCAAUCCUCUCACUUAUGUUGUAGAACCAAUUGAAACCCUAGGACACGCUCAUCCUGGAGAGAUGACAUGGACCCAGGCUGAACAGUCAGCUUGCAGGUUCUGCAUUGCCAAAGAAGUGAGAGCAUUGUGUACUAGGAAUGCUGGAGUUUUUGAGGCUAUGUAUUUUUUUAAUAAUGUUUUUACUUCUGAAUCUUAAAUAAUGAAAGUAUAGGACAUUGCUUAUUUUAAAACGAGGGAAGGACACAACAUGGAAUGAUUGCUUAUUCCUUUCUCAGAUACUCUUAAAACCAAUUUUUAUUGUUAAAUUUGUGGUAAUACAUGGUCACAGCUGUGGAUCAAACAAGAUCAGUCUAAAGUUGUGGCAGGUCCUGGGUGUCAUCUGAUGACACCACUCUCUGUGGCAGCGCCAGGCUGAACUGCCCUGAUCCCUGGGAAGUGAGACUUGGAUUCCGGCCAGUGUGAGUCACUGUAUCUCCCAUAAUUGCAGCACAGCUGCAGACACAAUCAGAACAACAUGCAGCAAUUUUACAAAAAAAGAUGGUAGAAUUUGUGACAUGGAAAUGCCUUAUAGGGUGUCACACUUAAGUCUUUAAAAAACACCAAGGUGAGGCUUACACUUUUUAUUACGUAUCCUCGAAGUGGAGCUAAGUUAUACUUUUCUAACCUGUUGGGCAUCUGGUCCAGAGGAGACAAGAUUUUCUCUGUUUACAAUGAUGCAAUAAAUACGUGUUCGCCACCUUUGGACCGCUGUUGCUGAUUUGUAACUUGAAAAGGCCAUGGUUGAUCAUGACCCCGCCUCCCCCCAGCCUUGUAAGAUGUGGAUGGGAGCUUUAUUGACCUACUGAAUGUAAAAUAAUAAAGCCCAGAUUUUAUCAUGUGAAAUGUCA